CGGAUGUCUAUUGGAUGACUCUGCCAGCACCUUGUGAGAAAUCAAAGUUUACGGGUUCCGGGGGGAGUAUGGUCGCAAGGCUGNACUAGGGAUUGGCGGAUGUCUAUUGGAUGACUCUGCCAGCACCUUGUGAGAAAUCAAAGUUUACGGGUUCCGGGGGGAGUAUGGUCGCAAGGCUGAAACUUAAAGGAAUUGACGGAAGGGCACCACCAGGCGUGGAGCCUGCGGCUUAAUUUGACUCAACACAAGGAAACUCACCAGGUCCAGACAUAGCAAGGAUUGACAAAUUGAGAGCUCUUUCUUGAUUCUAUGGGUGGUGGUGCAACCGUUCUUAGUUGGUGGUAUGUCUGGUUAGUUUCGUUAACGAACGAGACCUCAGCCUGCUAAAUAGCUACGCGGGGACCUUUCCUYGUGGCCAGCUUCUUAGAGGGACUGUUGGACGACUAGCCAAUGGAAGUUUGAGGCAAUAACAGGUCUGUGCUGCCCUUAGAUGUUCUGGGCCGCACGCGCGCUACACUGAUGAAUCCAACGAGUCGCUUGCCUGGGUCGAAAGGCCCGGGUAACCUUCUUAAGGUUCAUCGUGACGGGGAUAGAUUGUUGUAAUUAUCGAUCUUGAACGAGGAAUGCCUAGWAAGCGCGAGUCAUCAGCUCGCGCUGAUUACGUCCCUGCCUUUUGUACACACCGCCCGUCGCUCCUACGGAUUGAAUGGUCCGGUGAAGUGUCUGGAUUGCGGUGCUCCCGGCGGUUUGCCGCUGGUGGUCAUAACUCUCGGCAAACGAAUAUCUUGGCCCUCGCAACGAUGAAGAGCGCAGCGAAAUGCGAUACUGAAUGUGAAUUGCAGAAAUCCGUGAGCCAUCGAUACCUUGAACGCACAUUCCUCUAUCCUGCCCGUCUUGAAACACGGACCGAGGAGUUCAACGUGCAUGCGAGCCGGUGGGUGAUUAGCCCACGAGGCGGAAGAAACCUGAGUGGCGGGAACCCUCUGCGGGUGCACCGUCCGCCAACCACGAACUGCUGUGAGAGGUUUGAGUGUGAGCAUGCCCGUUGGGACCCGAAAGAUGGUGAACUAUGCCUGAGCAGGGCGAGGCCAGAGGAAACUCUGGUGGNCAUGCCCGUUGGGACCCGAAAGAUGGUGAACUAUGCCUGAGCAGGGCGAGGCCAGAGGAAACUCUGGUGGAGGCUCGCAGCGAUACUGACGUGCAAAUCGUUCGUCGGACGUGGGUAUAGGGGCGAAAGACUAAUCGAACCAUCUAGUAGCUGGUUCCCUCUGAAGUUUCCCUCAGGAUAGCUAGAGCUGUUGAACAAUUUUAUCGGGUAAAGCGGAUGAUUAGAGGCCUCGGGGGUGAAACACCCUCGACCUAUUCUCAAACUUUAAAUAGGUAAGAUUUCGGGGUUGCUUAAGCGAACCCCGAGGAUCAAGGAAAGCUCCAAGUGGGCCAUUUUUGGUAAGCAGAACUGGCGAUGCGGGAUGAACCGAAAGUCGAGCUACGGUGCCAAACUGCGCGCUAACCCAGACACCACAAAGGGUGUUGAUUGAUACAGACAACAGGACGAUGGUCAUGGAAGUCGAAAUCCGCUAAGGAGUGUGUAACAACUCACCUGCCGAAUCAAUCAGCCCCGAAAAU